AUGACCAUCACUAAAUCUCGAGGAGCGACCAAGAAGUUGGGGCCCAUUAUUGUGGGCAACAGAAUCAUAAGCUUCAAGGCCCCCAAUCUUGAUCGCCGCUUCACUGUACAUGAAGAUCUCAUCUGCAAGACCUCUCGAUUCUUCAAAGACCGCCUCCAGAGAAACCGAAAGCCUGUCUUCAGCAUUGACGAAUGUUGUGUUUGCGCUGAGGCUCUCGACGCCAUGAUAGGAGACAUCUCCUUCUGCGCCAAGUGCGGGCAAAACGUCCAUGAAGUCUGCAUGGAAGCCUGGAAGCGCUCAUCUACUACCAGUUCUAAGAAGGAGUUGAUCCCAACAUGCCCGAUGUGUCGUGCUAGCUGGGAGAACGAGUCACUGCUCAAUCAGCUAGACAUAGAGUCUGAGCUAGACGCCGAGGCUACGCAAAUCUACCUGGACUGGCUGUAUACCUCCACUUUACACAUAUCCGCAAAUGUCUCUCGCGUUACCGAUGCCUUCAAUCUAGUCAUCCUCAAACUCUGGACUGUUGCCAACGCCGUCGAAGAUCCAGUGUUCAAGUCGCAAGUCAUUGCCACUUACUUCGCAGAAGCUCGCGCGCGUUUCUGGAAGGAGAGCGUGAAGUGGGCUUUUGUGGAUCGUAAAUGCGAUGAAGAAAUUCGAGCUUUCGUCAUCGACAUAUCGCUUGCCUAUAUCGAGCCCGGUUGGUUCAAGAGCGAGGGCAAGAACUGGCCAGAGGCCUUCGUGAGUGAGCUAGCAGAUGCAGCCAUGGUCCGGUGGGGAGACAGGAAAGAUGGCAGAACGACAAGGAAGAUGUGGAUCGAGAAGCUGAGCGUAGGAGUGGAUCUGACGAGCGAUGACGAAGAUACUGCGCCUGUAGGCGGCAGCACGAGUUUGGCGUCAGCAGCAUCGCGAAGUCUGCGAGGCAGGAAUCCAGCUAUUGGUCUGAAUAGUCCCAAAGCUGAAGCUACAGAAGUACCAGCAACCAGGAAGCGUCCAUGUCAAAAGGUCGAAGUGAAGAAGCAUACACAUAGUGCGAAGCGUCGGCUGAAGCAAGACGUCCGCUCCAUGCCUCUUUCCGAUGACUCGGACGACGGCGGACUGGUUGUAUACAGGUCGAAAGGGCCUCAGCUCAUCAAGUUUCCGGGGCCCGAGACACUCCUACUGGUUGCGCGUUGCGCACUGCGGAAGAUAUCAGGACCAGGAAAGAUGCCCAAGCAGGAGAAGCGCAUCAGCGUUAGGAAGAAGCGAGCUAUCCGGUUCGGCCACAAAAUCGUCCGCGUCCAAGUUUCACGCGGCGAGGAGUUCACUGUCCCCGAAGACAUCAUAUGCAGCAGAUCCACAUUCUUCACGAAAAAGCUACAGCCGAAGCGCAAGCCUCUCAAGAAAGACAGUGAAUGCGCGAUCUGUACGGAACUGCUCGAGCACGGUAUACAAGAGCUUACUUACUGCGCUACUCAUUGUGGUAACAACUUUCAUCAUAGAUGCAUUGAGAAGUGGAAGGCAGAGAAGCAGACAGCUCGUCAACCAGUCAACUGUCCCUUCUGUCGUCAAAGCUGGUCGAAUGACACCGACGUCAUCACAGUACACAAGUUCUCCGCCAUCGACGCUGAUGCCUUCGCAAUCUUUGUUGAGUGGCUUUACUAUGAUCAUAUCGCGGUUGAAGACCGGGCGGACGAAGAUGGCAAAUUCUCUCUCGACACACAUGAACUUGUUAAGGCAUACGUUUUAGGACUCAAACUAAAGAGCAAAAAGUUCUGUCGAGACGUUAUACAGGGAUUGGUCGAAGUUAGUAAAGACAUUGAUGAAUAUCCGGGUCCGGACAGUAUCCGCCUCGCUUACGAUAAGACAGCCAAGGGAUCAUCACUAAGGUUGGUCUUGGUACAACUAUGGGCAGACACAGCGGAUGCUGCUUGGAUUGAGGACGAUGAGACAGACGAGUAUCCCGCAGAAUUCUUGAAGGAUUUGACAAUCGCUCUGUUGAGGAAGUAUCGUGGUAAACAGAAGUGGGAUCUAGAAAUGAUAAUAAAAGGUCAAACGGUGGAGGAUUCUAUCUUAGUUGACGACUCAGAUGAGGACAAGUCGCGUGAAGACGAGGAUCAAGAAAUGGAGGACGGAGAAUAG